GUCAAAGGUUUAUUAAACCUUAACAAAAUACAAGGCGUGACUGAAUAAGGAAAAGUUGCAGCGCUCAGAGCACGCCCCCAAACGGCCAUGUGCUCGGCUACAACAUGGAUACUCUGUUUUUUAUAUCCUCGCCCCCUCCCAAAGCCUUGACAGUCACCUUCUCUGCCGUCUAUUGGUGGAGAUCACUUUCUUACAGCUUGAUUGUUGCCAUGCCGCGCCUCCUCGUAACAAGCCUGCCCUCCCCUAAAUGCAAUGACUAGUGAAUACCGGGGGGACAGGGAACAGGACUGUGCGGAGAACAUAACAAAGUCACAUAACUAUACAUCUAUAAAACUUCUCUUAACAUACACAUAAUGCUCGUCUCUUAAUUAUGAGAGCCAACCACCGCAUUACGUAUCUGCAGCAGCUGGAUCCCUCCUCACGGACGAGCCCACGCCAGCCCGGGCCCUGCCCUGUGCGCGUCCCCAAGCAGGUCGCUCCAGCCGCCACUGCGGAACUCGCACCGGCGGCCGAGCCCCGCCCCGCCGCCGCUGACACAGCACGAUUUCCAGGCACUGCAGGCAGUUCGGGGGCGGCCCGGGACAGCCCUAGUUUAUUCUGCCGGCGCGGUCGGUUUUACAGCGGUGCUGGCUGUGCUGAGGCGGGGGUUGGGACUACGACUCCCAGGCUGCCCCGCGGCUGGGGCACAUCCCGGCGUGCCUGGCGGCCGGCCGGCUUGGCGGAGAGGGGCGGUGCUGCUUCGCCUCCUCCUCCUCCUCCUGCCGCCGCCAGCCGAGGCGGCGCGGCCCGGCCCGCUCCCUGUGCUCGUGGCGGCUGCGGAGCUGUGGGGGUGGGCGGGAGCCGGCGGCGAUGGAGCACUGACCGGGAAGUUCUGCUUGCUGUUGCUUGUCACUGUGCCACCUUUCUUCCCGUGGGGGAGGGCAAACAGUAGAGCGUGCACGAGACACGAUACUAAGAAAUUAGAAGUUCUACCUAUGGAUGAUCAUAUUUUGCCCUCUAGAAGCAGUGGGCAAAGCAGUUAGGAGCAAGAAACAACGAAUAUAGCAAUAGACAUGGAUGAACAAGCCCUUUUAGGGCUCAACCCAAAUGCUGAUGCAGACUUCAGACAACGAGCAUUAGCCUACUUUGAGCAGCUCAAGAUAUCUCAGGAUGCUUGGCAAGUCUGUGCAGAAGCAUUAGCUCAGAGUAUAUACAGUGAUGAUCACAUAAAGUUCUUCUGCUUUCAAGUUCUGGAACAUCAAGUUAAGUUCAAAUACUCUGAACUUACUGAAGUCCAGCAGCAGCUAAUUAGGGAAACACUCAUAACAUGGCUGCAAGCACAGAUGCUGAAUCCCCAGCCUGAGAAGACUUUUAUUCGCAACAAAGCAGCACAAGUCUUUGCAUUGCUUUUUGUUACUGAGUAUCUCACAAAAUGGCCCAAGUUUUUUUUUGACAUUCUGUCAGUUGUUGACCUUAAUCCACGAGGUGUGGAUAUGUACCUCAGAAUCCUGAUGGCUGUCGAUGCUGAGCUGGUGGACCGGGAUGUUGUUCAUACAUCAGAGGAGGCUCGUAGGAACACCUUAUUAAAAGAUACUAUGAGGGAACAGUGCAUUCCAAGUUUGGUGGAGUCGUGGUACCAAAUCUUACAAAAUUAUCAAUAUAAUAACUCAGAGUUGACAUGCCAGUGCCUUGAAGUAGUUGGAGCUUAUGUAUCCUGGAUAGAUUUGAGCCUGAUAGCCAAUGAAAGGUUUAUAAAUAUGCUGCUAGGUCACAUGUCUGUGGAAGUUCUCCGGGAAGAAGCCUGUGAUUGUUUGUUUGAAAUUGUAAAUAAGGGAAUGGACCCAAUUGAUAAAACAAAACUGGUUGAGUCUUUAUGUCAAGUACUGCAGUCUGCUGGCCUCUUCAGUAUUGAUCAGGAAGAUGAUGUGGAUUUUCUGGCCAGAUUUUCUAAACUGGUCAAUGGGAUGGGGCAAGCAUUAAUAGCUAGUUGGACUAAACUGAUAAAAAAUGGUGAUAUGAAGAGUGCUCAAGACACUCUACAAGCUAUUGAAGCAAAAGUGGCCCUGAUGUUGCAACUUCUAGUUCAUGAAGAUGACGACAUCUCUUCGAACAUCAUUGGCUUUUGUUACGACUACCUUCACAUCCUGAAACAACUUUCUGCACUUUCAGACCAACAAAAAGCUAAUGUAGAGGCAAUCAUGUUGGCUGUCAUGAAGAAGUUGACAUAUGAUGAAGAAUAUAAUUUUGAAAAUGAGGGUGAAGAUGAAGCAAUGUUUGUAGAGUACAGAAAACAAUUGAAACUGUUGCUGGACAGACUUGCUCAGGUUUCACCAGAAUUACUGUUGGCAUCUGUCCGCAGAGUUUUUAACACUACACUUCAGAACUGGCAGACUACACGAUUUAUGGAAGUAGAAGUGGCAAUAAGGCUGCUGUAUAUGUUGGCUGAGGCUCUUCCUGUAUCUCAUGGUGCUCAUUUCUCUGGUGAUGUUACUAAAGCUACAGCUUUACAAGACAUGAUGAGAACGCUGGUGACUUCUGGUGUUAGUGCCUAUCAACACACAUCAGUGACCCUGGAAUUUUUUGAAACAGUGGUUCGAUAUGAAAAAUUCUUUGCUGUUGAACCUCAGCACAUUCCAACUGUACUAAUGGCAUUCUUAGAUCACCGUGGUCUUCGUCAUACGAGUCCCAAAGUGCGGAGUCGAACAGCUUACCUCUUUUCCAGAUUUGUCAAGUCUCUUAAUAAGCAAAUGAAUCCCUUUAUUGAAGAUGUUCUGAACAGAAUACAAGACCUGAUGGAACUCUCUCCUCCUGAAAAUGGCUACCAGGCGCUGUUAAGCAGUGAUGAUCAACUUUUCAUUUAUGAAACAGCUGGAGUGUUAAUAGUUAACAGUGAAUACUCUGCAGAAAGAAAACAGGUUCUGAUGAGGAAUUUGUUGACUCCGCUGAUGGAGAAGUUCAAAGUAUUGUUAGAAAAACUGAUGAUGGCACAAGAUGAGGACAGACAGAUGGCCCUGGCUGACUGCCUCAAUCAUGCUGUUGGGUUUGCUAGCCGAACCAGCAAGGCUUUCAGCAAUAAGCAAACUGUAAAGCAAUGUGGAUGCUCAGAGGUUUAUCUGGACUGCUUACAAACAUUUCUGCCAGCUCUCAGUUGUCCAUUACAAAAGGAAGUUCUGAGAAGUGGUGUCCGCACUUUCCUUCACCGCAUGAUUAUUUGCCUAGAGGAGGAAGUUCUUCCAUUCAUUCCUUCUGCCUCUGAACACAUGCUUAAAGAUUGUGAAGCAAAAGAUCUUCAAGAAUUCAUUCCUCUUAUAAACCAAAUAACAGCUAAGUUUAAGACGCAGGUUUCACCUUUUCUGCAACAGAUGUUUAUGCCACUACUUCGUGCUAUUUUUGAGGUGUUGCUCCUUCCAGCGGAAGAAAAUGACCAGUCUGCUGCUUUAGAAAAACAAAUGUUACGGAGGAGUUACUUUGCUUUUCUGCAGACAGUAACUGGCAGUGGAAUGAGUGAAGUCAUAGCUAAUCAAGGUGCAGAGAACGUGGAACGUGUGUUGUUCACUGUCAUUCAAGGAGCAGUGGAUUACCCAGAUCCUAUUGCACAGAAGACUUGUUUUAUUAUUCUUUCUAAGCUGGUGGAGCUCUGGGGAGGUAAAGAUGGACCAGUAGGUUUUGCAGACUUUGUCUACAAGCACAUUGUUCCUGCAUGUUUCUUAGCACCUUUGAAGCAAACAUUUGACUUAGCAGAUGCCCAGACAGUACUGGCUUUAUCAGAAUGUGCAGUGACAUUAAAAACAAUUCAUCUCAAAAGGGGUCCUGAGUGCAUUCAGUAUCUUCAGCAAGAGUAUUUGCCUUCUUUGCAAGUAGCUCCUGAGAUAAUCCAGGAAUUCUGUCAAGCACUUCAGCAGCCUGAUGCUAAAGUUUUUAAAAAUUACUUAAAGGUUUUUUUCCAGCGAGCCAAGCCCUAAGGAAAGUACUGGAAUCUCAUGUACCUGUUUCCAUAAUGCAGAACUCUGGUUGUUAAUUUAUAAAAAUGCUAACUCUUGUGCCAUUCAAACUGGUUUUCUUUUUAAGAAAUGUUGCUUUGUGCUCACAUCAGUGCGUACUUUAACCUUCUGCAAAAAAGAAAUGCAAAUUCCCCACCUGUGUCUCAGACAUGAAGGUAUGUGACAACAUGAAAAAUUAUCUGUAUACACAAACUUUUAUUAUGUAUAGGAUGAGUUAAGCUUACAUUGUAACACAUACAGCAAGGAAAUUACACUUAUUUUUUAAAUUAAAUGAAUAAAAUGUAAAAAUACCUUCAGACCAUAGCAAUGGUUAUUAAAAUGUGUACAUUUUUGAUACGGAGUAAAAUGUUUUAAUAAGACAUAAAAUUCAUUUGUUCAUGUAUGGUGACAUGAAAAUAAAACAAUCAAAGUCCUUCUUGUAGAUAGUCAUUUUAUUGAAGUUGUCUUAAUGAUAAAAUAUAUAUAUACCUCCUAUAAAACAGAUUGGUGUAAUAAAUGAUUUCACUUAAAAGUA